AUGUCAUCUAAUUUAUCAACAGUUUCAACGAAUAAUUUAUCAGUAUGUACAUUUAAUGUUCUUGCACCUUGUUAUAAACGUUUAUCAUCUGAAUAUGAUCGAGAAAGUGCUCAUGAAUCUCUUUGGAAACCACGUCAUAUAUCAAUAAUAAAACUUCUUCAAUCACUUCAACUUCAUAUAAUUUGUUUACAAGAAUUUUGGUUAAAUGAACCAUCAUUUUUACAAUUAUAUGAAUCUCAUCUAUCAUCAAAAUAUUCCUUUCAUUAUGUUCAACGAACAAAUAAUCUUGAUGAUGGUUUAGCAAUAUUAGUUGAUAAAAAUUAUUUAAAAUUUGUUGAUAAAUAUGAUCUUUUAUUAUAUGAUAUUGGUAAUCGUGUUGGUCUUUUACUUAAUAUUGAAUAUAAUGGAAAAUGUUUACUUUUAAUAAAUAUUCAUUUAACAUUUCCACAUGAUUCAUUUGAUCGUCGUUUAAGAUUAACACAAAUGAAAAAAUUUCUUGAAUUAAUUAAUGAAUAUCAAAUAAAUAAUAAUCUUUUAAAUAAAUGUUCAAUUAUUAUUUGUGGAGAUUUUAAUUCUCCAUGUGAUAAUGAUCCUGUUUAUCAAUUAUUAGAAAAACAAUUUCAAUCAUCUUAUUUCAUUGUUCAUGGAAAAGAACCAAAAGUAACACAUUUAACACAUCGAAAUGAAGAAUUAGGUGUUGAUUUUAUUUUUUAUCAAUCAAAUACUUUUCGACCUAUUUCAAGUGAAUUAAUUCCUCGUGGUUGUGAUGAACAGAAAUGGAAUGAUACCACUGGAUGGAAUUUAAGUGAUCAUCGUGCUGUUAUCUCCACAUUUCAAGAUAAACAAAAUCAUAAGAUAAAAAAUGAUUUUUAA